AUGGCGGAGGCGUUGGAAGAAGCAAAGGAUGCGGCCAAUGGCCUCAAGGUCGUCAAGGACUUGUUCUCCGGAGCCGUUGGUGGCGUUGCGCAGGUGUUGAUUGGCCAACCAUUCGACAUCGUCAAGGUGCGAUUACAGACGACGACUCAAUACAAGGGCGCUCUCGACUGCGCAUCCCAAAUCCUCAAGAAUGAAGGCGCAACAGCCUUCUACAAAGGCACACUCACUCCGUUGAUCGGCAUUGGCGCAUGUGUCUCCGUCCAGUUCGCAGGAUUCAACUACGCCAAACGAGCCUUCGAAGCCCAGAAUGCCGCGAAACUGCACAAGUCCGUCGACCAGCUAGACAAAGAACCCCAACCCCUAAGCUACGGCCAAUACUACGCCGCCGGAGCCUUCGCAGGUCUCGCCAACACCAUCCUCUCCUCCCCGAUCGAGCACGUCCGCAUCCGCCUCCAAACCCAACCCCACGGCGCCGCAAGACUCUACUCGGGACCCCUCGACUGCAUCACCAAGCUCUCCCGCUCCCCCAGCGUCGCCCGCGGCCUCUACCGCGGCACCUCCGUCACCCUCCUCCGCGAAGCCCAGGCCUACGGCUUCUGGUUCCUCACCUUCGAAUACCUCAUGAACCAAGACGCCAAGCGCAACGCCUACGCCCGGAAAGACAUCGCGACCUGGAAGAUCGCGACGUACGGCGGGCUGGCGGGCGAGAUGUUGUGGAUCUCGUCGUACCCGUUCGAUGUCAUCAAGUCGAAGAUGCAGACGGAUGGCUUCGGCGAGAAGCAGCGGUAUAAGUCGAUGCGGGAUGCUUUUGCGCAGACGUUUCGGCAGGAGGGCGCGAUGGGGUUCUGGAGGGGCAUUGGACCGACGCUUUUGAGGGCCAUGCCGGUUAGCGCGGGGACUUUUGCCACGGUCGAGUUGACGAUGAGGAUGAUUAGUUAG